AAGUCCUUGACCUCGUACAAGGCAGCAGCCAGAUACAAAGCCUUCGCAUAUUCCCAGAGCAAGAUCAAAGGCUUCAUAAUAAUUCGUCACUCUUUCGGAACUCAAUCGUCCCGCUCCGUUCCACAAUGUCCAACGUUCUCCGAAGCCGCCGCCCCACAAUCGGGCCCGAUGCCGGAAAGGCUUCCGGAGCGUCUACUAGAGCAUCUCCUCAGAGGACGUUCAUGUCGUUACCAACAGAAAUACAUCUCGCCAUCUCCGAUUUUCUCAUCUACCCAGAUGCACUAUCUUUAAAACACACCAACGCCUAUUUCUAUAGCCUUGUCGAUACUGGUAUCAACCUCAAAGUGGAAUGGCUAGUGGAACGACGGAGUCUACAUCUAGAAUGCCCCAACGACCGGCGAUGCGAUCUUGGCAGUGAUCUGCGUUUCUGCCGCGGGAGUGUACCUCUACUCAUGCAACGCAGACGAGAACAUGUUGAGUGUGAAUCUCGACCAGGUCUCGGAUGUCUUGUCUACGGGACAAAGACAUGCUCUCAUCGCUCACUACUGAGUCGAACACUUCCACGCUGGAUGCAAAUCAAACUGACCAUUGAAAUUUGGUGGAUUUUGCUCGCUCUUGUACCCAUCUUCUCGUGCUGGGUAUGGCUAGCUGAGUUACCAUGGGGACUUGUAUUCGUAUCUUGAGCUUCGGUAUUUGCUUUCC